GCGGAAGCGGGGACGCACCGCGGCAUGGAGGCGGGCCGCUCCAGGCCGCCGCCUCGGUGCCCCCCGGGCGUGGAGGAGCGGCCGUACCGCUCGGCCUCGGGGGCGCCCCUGGCGCUGCGGCGCCGCCAGCACAGCGCCUCCUGCCGGGAGCUGGCGCUGCGCCGGCCCCGCCUGCAGCUCCGCUCCCUCAGCGCCGUCACCUCCGCCGUCUGGCUGGCGGCCUACGGCAUCUUCGUGCUCAGCGAGAAUAGUAUGGUGCUUUCUGCUGCUAUAUUCAUCACGCUGAUUGGCCUGAUCAUCUACCUGCACUUUGUGAAAAUCGACCAGGAAUCCCUACUGGUCAUCGGCUCCCUUGGCAUUCAGGUGACUUCAUCCUAUGCUUCAGGGAAAGAGAGCACAACCUUCAUUGAGAUGAGUCGAGUGAAGGAUGUGGUUAUCAACGAAGCCAUCCAUAUGCAAAAAGUUAUCUAUUACCUGUGCAUCCUCCUGAAGGACCCUCAGGAUCCUCAGGGGGUAUCUGAGGUUGUGCCACUCUUUCAGAGCUCCCAGCCACGUCUGGACUGCUUGAUGGAAGUGUACAAAAGUUGUCAAGAAAUUCUGGAUCAGAGGAAAGAAGCUCCACAAUCAAGUGGAAUGAAGUAAUAAAAAAUAAUCAAGGUGGAAAACUUGCUGCAGGACCUGGACAGAUGCACGCAAAGCAAGCAACACUGACCCGUGGCUUUUUUAAAUUAGAGGUUUAGAAUGUGGUGCAGCAGUAGAAUGAUGUUAUUGGUAAUAGUCUGCACAGACUCACAGAGCUGUUAUAGGAGGUGCCAGCUCAGGCACACAAGUGAACCUUGAAAUUGGCUGCUGUGAAGAAAGGUGAGCAGAACUCUCUGGAAAAUAAAUAUGGCAAGGGGAGGCAGGAAUAUGCAUCAAACACUUAAACUUCCGUGGAUCUGAGCAUUCUGAUAAACACGUGAUAUAACCUUGACCAGACUGACAAAAACGUACGGGCUUUUUUAUUUAUUUUUUAAUCCUUUCUUUGAAAAAAGCAUAUACCAGUCUAGAAUAUCAAAACUGAAGGGUGGGCUAGCGCAGUAACUUCCUGAUCAACAGGGGAAUUUCAGAAAGAAAAUGACAGAAAAUUAAAAUACACUGUUGCAUUCAAUUAUGUUUAUGGAAAUAAGCAUAGGGGAGCAUACUGUGGUUUCUUCAGGGAUCUUCUUGAAAGAGUCCCAUGGGAUAGGACCCUGGAGAGAAGAGGGGACCAAGAAAGCUGAGUGAUACUCAAGGAUCACCUUCUCCAAGCACAAGAAUAGUCCAUGCCAUCCCAACAAGCAGGAAGUCAAGCAAAAAUGUCAGGAGGCCUGCAUGGAUGAACAACUGCUCCCAGCAAAAUUCAAACACCAGAAGGUGGAAGCGGGGACAGACAGGUAGCCUAGGAAGAAUAUAGAGACACCAUCUGAGCAUGCAGAGAUGUGGUUAGGAAAGCCAAAGCCUAUGUGGAGUUGAAUCUAUUUAGGAAUGUCAGAGACAGCAAGAAGGCCUUCUAUAAGUACAUGAGUAACAAAAAGAAAACAAGGAAAUGUGGGCCCACUGCUGAAUGGCGCAGGGGCAUGGUAACACAGGACAUGGAAAAGAAGGGUGCUGAAUGCGUUCUUUACCUCAGUCUGUACUAGCAAGAUCAGCCUUCAGGAAUGCCAGGCCCCAGAUAUCAGGGGAUAGAAGGAAGACUUACCCUUGGUGGAAGAGGAUAAGUUUAGAUAAUACUUAAGCAACCUGGACACGUGUAAGUCCAUGGGACCUGACAGGAGGCACCCACAAGCGCUGAGGGCGUUUGCUCGUGACACACAACUGUGAGGAGUGGCUGUUACGUCAGAGGUUUGUGCUGCCAACCUGAGGGACCUGGACAGGCUGGAGAGAUGGGAACACAGGAACCUCCUGUAGUUCAACAAAGUCCUUAUGGACACCGAGUGAGCAGGAGCCGGCAACGUGCCAAUGCCACAAAAAAAAGGCUAACAAUGUGCUGGGCUGUGUGAGGAGGAGUGUUGCCAGCAGGUCACGGGAGGGCAUCCCUACCCUCUCCUCAGCACUGGUGAGGCCAUGCCUGGGGUGCUGCAUCCAGUGCUGGGCCCCCAGUAUAUGGACGUACUGGAGAGAGACGAGGAAAGGCCAUGAUUGUUAUGGGGCUGGAGCGUGUGAGGAAAGGCUGCGAGAGCUGGAGCUGUUCAGCCUGAAAAAGGCUCAGGGAGGGAAUCCUAUCAGUGUAUUUAAGUGUAUAUGGCUGAAGGGAGAGUGUAGAGAAGAUGGAGUCAGGCUUUUUCCAGUGGUGCUCUGUGACAAAACAAGAGACAAUGGGAACAAACUGAAACACAGGAGGGUCUGUCUGAGUAUCAGGAACUUUUUUAUCGCGUGGAUGGCUGAGCCUUGGUACAGGCUGCCCAGAGAGGUGCUGGAGUCCCUUGGAGCUCUCCAAAAGCCACCUGGACGUGGGCCUGGGCACCCUGCUCCAGGUGGCCCUGCCUGAGCAGGGCUUGGACCAGGUGGGCUCCAGGGGCCCUGCCAGCCUCAGCCAACAGGGUAUCAAUUGCUUUGAGAUGACGAGGAAAAUAUGUUGUUGAGAAUUAUAAUAAUGACUAUGUCAAUAAAGUAGCUUCACUGAGAC